AUGACCACAGUUGACAAACCGGUAGUACCAUAUGCGGGCAUUAUUCCCGGGGGCAUGUACCCUGGACGCAUAAUUAAAGUGAAGGGCGGAAUCUCACCAUCUGCAAAGAGAUUCGCAACAAACUUUGUAUGUGGUGGUAGGGAUGAUAACGCCUUUCAUUUCAACCCUCGCUUCGGAGAUCAGCGUAUUAUACGCAACGCUUACAUUCACGGGUCGUGGGGGGCUGAGGAGACCAGCGGAGGGAUGCCGCUGGCUGUAGGAGAGAUGUUUGAAGUUGUGUUUCAUUGUCUACAUGAUUGUUUUCAGGUGUCGGUGAACGGGAAACAUUUCUGUGAUUUUUCCCAUCGGCUCCCGUACCACAGGAUCACACACUUGAAGGUGGAUGGCGACAUCAUGAUACAGCAGAUCGCCUUCGAAGGCCCAAAGCCGCCACCCGAAAUUGCUAAGGUAAUCUAA